UAACCUUAUUUUUAUAUUUUGAGAUUAAAUAUAAUAAAGAUAUAUAUAUAUACACGCGAAUUUAAUCUUAAUGUUAAGUAACAAAUUAAAAAUGUGGAUAUUCGUUGGUAUGCUUUAAAUUUUAUUAAAAUAAUCGAUUAAUUUUGGAUCAAAAGGCACUGAUAAUAAGAUUAUUAAUUAGACGAUGGAAAUGAAUAAAUUUAUGAUCGAAUCUGCGACUCGUGAGUCUCUCAGUGAAAACGAAUUUUUGAUAUCUUUGGAAAAUAUUUUAAAAUCUAUCGAGGAUAAACUUCAAAAAUUUGUGAAGAGUGCUCCAAAACUUUUGACAGAUCCCGAAUUGGAAUCUGGAUUACGUACUAUAGAAAUUGAAGGAGAAAAAAUACAUGACUUUCUUCAUUCGGUUGUUCAAUCUUAUUUAAAUAGUAGAAAAGAUGAGAGGGAACCAGGGCUACAAUACAAAUAUGAACAAAUGGAAGAACAAUUACACAUUCAAGCUACUGAAUUAGAAAAAGCAAUCGAGGAAACGCAAACCCUUAAGAUCCAAAUAUUAAACCAAAGCAAUUUUUGCGCGAGUUUAGGCGCAGUAUUGGGAAAUUUAGCGUGGCGUGCGUCUCGAUUUCCAGAAAUCGUUGAUAUUUGGGUAUCAGGUCUCCAGAAUAAAGUAAGAGAGUUCCUGUCGAUAGUGAGCGGAAGUUUCGUGGCAUUUAUAAGCACAUACGAGACGAGUAUACCGCCUACGAACAACGUCGAGUAUCAGUUCGUGUUAGGAUUAUUGGGUAUUGUCACGAAUAUAUCAUCGACGCCGAAGGGCAGAGAGUUUCUCAUUACCAGUCAGAAUGGGAGGGAUCUCGUUGAGAAAAUCAUCAAAUUUAUGCCUAAUUUCUUAUCGAUAGCAUCGGGAACGCAUUCGUUAAUGAGAUUGAUGCUGAUGAUAUUGUAUAACGUGAGCAUGAACAAUACCGGUUUAAGCUGUUUGUUCGAGUUUCGCGUGGCUGGAGUUCUCAGUCGCUGCUUGGAAGAGGAUACUUUAUCGGAAGAAUUGCAGCUGUUAUGCUUGCGCAUUCUCCAAUCAAUUACCUACGAUCUUAAAGAUCCGAAAUAUAUCGAGGAUCUGACCACGUCGAUUUCUAUUAGGAAUAUUAAGAAUAUUGUUGUCAAUGGACAGAACGAAACGUGUUCCGUUGCGAAAGAAGUUAUUAAACAAUUGCAAGAGUCUUUAAGAUUCAAAGUGAUUCAAUAAAAAAAAAAAUCAAAAAAAAAAAAAAAAAAAAAAAAGAAAAUAAAAGAAAGAAAGAAAAAGAAAAAGAAAAGAAAAAUCUACUAAAAAAUAGAGUUAAUCUUCAUUUACAUCGCCUUUUUAAAUAUCUGUUAUAAUGAUCAAUAUUUAUCAUACAAACGGUAAUAAUAAUUCGAAUUCGUUUGGAAAUAGUACAACGACCUUUCUCUUGACGUUUAAAAGUUAAUACAAGGAAAAAAUCAUACUCUGACAAACAGUCUGAUUCACUGUUCUCUUUCAUCUUAUAGAAAUAUAUAUGCAUACGUAAUAUCUCGCUUCGUCAAAGGAAGCGGUUGGAUCUGCACUGUUAUCGAACGUGCCUCAAAUUCUUCUUUGCUUUACGGUAUGUAUGUAUGUACGUACGUAUUUCUCGUAUAUAUGUGGGCCUAUGUAGAACUAGAUUCUCAUAUCAGCAGCGCGUUGCAGUAAAAUACAUAUAAUGUACUGCGCAAAUAAUACCACCAGUUGGUAUAACGUAAAUUUCUAUCUAACGAACUAUCUCUCUUACGACCACAUUAUCAAAUACACACAUACAUAUAUAUAUAUAUAUAUAUAAUAUAUAAAUGUUCAUAUUUAUCAUACAUUUUGCUAUGCAUUACUCAAUAACGUUUAAAUUAUGAAAUAUCAAAGUGUCGUAAUUUAAAAUUGAAAUGAAGCCUAAGUACUUUUAACAAUUUCAUCGAAUUGCAUUGUUUAAAAUAGGAUUAGAAAAGAGACGACGAUAAAUAAAAAUCUGUAAGCAUCGAAUCGA